AUGGCGCUGGAGAUGUGCCCAUCACGCGAGCUGCCGACCAGGCGCACACACAUCUACACGGACGGCAGCUACAAUGGCAUCCCACAUACAGCCGCCUGGGCAGUAGUCAUCGUCGACGAGUACGACGACGGGCGCAACUCACGAGGCCCGUUUGGCUUUCGGGGUUUCAUUGCUGACAAGGUCACCGAGUCCCUAGACGACAUGGCAAACAACGAGAAGGUGACGGCAUACACAGCUGAGCUCACGGCAGUACUUUGGGCACUAAUGUGGGCCCUUGGUCAAGACACCGCCGCGCCCAUCGAGGUCACGCCCGACGCCCUCAAUGUUAUCAACCUGGCCAAAGAUGAGGUCAAGGCCGCAUACCCUUCCUUGCGGAACCAAGACUUCAUCAUCGGGGCCACUCAGCCGCAGGCAGCCCCAUGUGCGAUCCAGAGGCCCAUCAGCACCACCACCAUCAAGGCCGACCUCAACAUGAAUUUGUGCACCUACAACUGCAGAUCACUCAAGGCCGCCGUCAGCUUCAAGUCGGGCAAAGGCAAGGCGGCCGGUAAAAGCAAGCAGAGCAUCUCCAGGGUUCGCCACACGCAGCAGAACAGAGGAUGCGACAUCUGGCUCAACGUCUCCCAGCCGAUCAGCGUGAGUGGGGCAGCGAAGUACCUAAGUGCCAAAGACACCCUCGUCCUACACCAGCACGACAGGCUCUUGAUCAUCAAGACCCGCGUUGCAGGCACAGACAUGGUCAUCGCCUCAGCAUAUGCACCCCGCGAAGACUCCCAGGCGGCUGAGAAGAGAGAAUUCUGGGAGUCUGCUCAGCGAUUGUCUGCCAAGUACCGCGUGGACAUCUUCAUGGGAGACCUGAACGGGCGUCUUGGUGACUACGAGUCCCCAGGAGUUGGCGCCAGUGGGUACCCAGAAGCGACCAACGGCAAUGGCAAGCACAUCAUCAGCUUCGCUGCCGACACCGACAUGGAGGUCAUCAACACCACGAAGGAUCCAGGCAACAACUCAUUUACGCAUAUCGGAUCGAAGGGGCAGCGCCGCAGGAUAGACUACAUCCUGCUGAGCUCCUCGAUCACCCCGUAUGUUGCGAGCUGCAGCACGGAGCCAGGUCUUGACCGAGGCACAGCUGCACAAGACCACAUACCAGUACUCGCCACCCUCAAGUGGGCCGUCUGCAAGACCACCAAGGCCUCAGGACCGCGGCCCGAUCUGACCAACUUAAACAACGAGGUCGCCAAGGACAGCUUUAAGGAGAUUCUCAAGCAGGCCCCGAUCAUCCCCUGGGAGGUGGACGUCAACACCCACUGCGAGGAGGUCACCAGAGUCGUCAACAACGCGGCCAUCCAGGCCUUCGGCAAGGCCGUCAAGGCAGCGAGGAAGCCCUACGUCACCAAGACUACCAUGGGCGAAGUCGGGGCCUCACUGGCCCUGUGGAGCAGAGAGCGUGGCGACGACGAUGGCACCAUCCACGACAUCCACGACUACGCGCACCUCCUCCUGAACUGGACGAUCUCGCCCAUGGUCUACGCCAUGGCCAUCCUCUCCUUCCUCGCCAGGUCUGGGCUCCUCGUUGCCUCGGCCGUCGAGAAGGACCGUAGUGCCUUCCUCAGCCGGCUUGCCUCAACUGCGUCCUCCGCCUCCGCUGCGAACGACGCUGCGGCCCAGUGGAAGGCCUACCGCGACCUACUAAGGUAUGGCGGGAGGAAGGCGAAGUUCCCAGCAGGAAAGCCGAUGCGGCUCGACAAGGACGGAGAGGUGAUCCACAACUCCCAGGACAUGGCGGACCAGGAGCUCAACCAUUUCGCGAAGAUACAGGCGGGUAAGAUCGUGACAGCGGAUGAUCUUGCCAACAAGUAUAAUCAUGACAGCAAGACCAGGCCUUUCGACGGCAUGCUGGAUCUCUCCAUGGUGGUGCCCCUGGCCGUCUGCCAGGCCCAGUUCGCUGCGGCCAAGGCUGGGACGCAAGGAGGCCCUGACGGGCUCACGAACGCCGUCCUCAGGGCGGCUCCUACAGAGGCAGCAAGGCUACUGCACCCCCUCUUCACCAAGGUGUCGACCACCGUACGGAAGCCGCUGAGCUUCAAGGGCGGGGACCUGGUCGCAAUCCCCAAAGGAAAAGGCGACCCGCGGUACCUCCUAGCGUACCGCGAGAUCCUCUUAAACAACGUCCUGGGCAAGCACCACCAUAAAUACCUGAGGGCUAUGCUCACCACUACCCUCGCCAUAGCGCUGGAGGACAUCCAGGUUGGCGGCCGGCCCAAGCGAGGGGCUGACAUGGCGGUCCUAGCAGCGCGACUCUUCACAGAAAGAAGCCAGGCCCAAGGGAAGUGCUCCAUGAUCAGCUGCUACGACUUAAAGGAGGCCUUCUACUCGGUUGUAGUCCAGCUGGUCCAUGGCAUCCCAGGCGAGGAGGACGAGGUCAAGGAGGUGCGAGAAAACCUCGAAGUUCCCCUGUGGGCCCAGCCACAAUUGGAGCACCUCAUGGCCAACCCAGGGAUACUCGACACAGUGUUGGACGGCUCCCACCUGGCUGCCCUCAUUGCAGAAGGGUACCGCAACAGGUGGACAUCGCACAGGUUCUCCCAGAACCUCAUGGCGCCGCACAAGGGCACGAGGCCUGGCGUGCCCCUAGCCGACGCGGACUUCAACCUGCUCUUCGGCCGAGUCCACCGCAUGAUUGACAGCUACCUUGCGCAGCGAGGGCUAA